GUAUUUUAUUUAGUUCAUGACUAUUGGCGUCGAAACGAAAAUUUCUAUUAAAUUUCAUCUCAUUUCAUACGUGAUCCCAUAAAGUGAAACGAAAUAGAAUAUUAUGCGUGGUUGAACAAAUAAAUAAAAUUAUAACACAAAGUGGGGGUGUAAAAAUGAGGGGUGUAAGAAAGAAAAAAAAAUGAUACGAUUGAAAUAAAGAACAUCUCGAAGGAAAGUAAAAAAUAAAAAAAACAUUAUUUAUCUUGUUCGGUGUUAUAUUAAACGGGAUAUCGACGAAAAUACAACCACGGAAUUCAUUUUCCUAAAGUUUUCUUUUUCUUCGAUCAGUAUAUCGUGAGAAAGUAAGAGAGAGAUAUGUAAGAUUCCCUGCUACGUAUUGUCUGCGUCACGAGAUGCAUACAUAAUUUAACCUUAAAUAUAUUUUUUGGGGAACGCGUAUUCUAUUAGCCCUAUCAAAAUCGAUUGUGUUAUCAUAUGAACAUAGAUAAAAUACGUAUAUAUUUAUCGUGGAUAUUAAAAAAUCCGACGAAUUGUCUGUGUCUCAGGCAGAGUAUAAUAUAUAUGAUGAAAGGGCAUCAUUAGCAUGCUGGAAAAGCGGUUGCUUCAUGCUCCUGGUUCGUCGCCAUGCACCCUGAUCUUUAUGGUCGCUUUGGCACUUACAGGAUGCAUUUCCUUAUGGUUUUAUAUAGAAAGUUCAGGAUCACUGAAUCCUUACUCAAACAGUGCAUCGGCUCCAGGAUACAUACUUAUUCUACCUGGAAAUCUUACACCACCUUCUUCACCUUAUUCGUUAAGCCAGCUUCCGUCCGAUGACAAAUCCACUUUAAUCGAUGUAAAGGAUUUCAAAUUUAUAAUUAAUCAUGAUCCUUGUAACAAGACGCAACCAUUGUUGCUUUUGUUGAUUCACUCAGCGCCAGCUAAUUUUCCUAAAAGAAAUGUAGUACGGGAAACAUGGGGACAGAAAUCAUCCGACAUAAUAUUGUUGUUCCUUGUUGGGUUUUCUGAAGAAUAUCAAGAAGAAUUGGAAGAAGAAAAUAACAAAUAUCAAGAUUUGAUACAAGGAAACUUUCUUGAUGUCUACAGAAACAUGACCUAUAAGCAUGUUAUGGCAUUGAAGUGGGCUACAUAUCAUUGUCCAAGUGCCAAAUAUAUAUUAAAGCUAGAUGAUGAUGUUUUUGUUCAUAUUCCUGCUAUGCUGGACUUUAUAAUGCAUACGCUCUCACCAUGGGGUGCUAGACGUUUGAUUCUAUGCGAUCUUAAAUCAGCAGCUGUAGUUAAAAGAUCUUGGCGAUCAAAGUGGAGAGUUUCUCCACGAGAAUAUCCUGGCAGACAUUAUCCAAUAUAUUGCGCUGGAUGGGCUAUUUUAUAUUCUCCUGACAUAGUAUUCAUACUGUAUCGAGAAGCUCAAAAAGAACCAUAUUUCUGGAUCGAUGAUGUUCACAUUACUGGAAUAUUGGCUAGAAAAUUAAACAUUACCCAAUCUUCUUUAGAUUCUUUGGUGCUUACACCUGAGAGUAUGCAGGAUUUAUUACAAAAUCCGUACACUCAAAGAGAUUUUUUAUUUGGACCACCUAAUUUAAUGGAGAAUGAGAUAAGAGCCUUAUAUACUUUGAUUAAUAAUAAGCCACGGCUUACAAGUGAAAGCCUAGUUAAUUAAUACUUUAUACAAUGUUUUAAUUUAUUCUCAAUGUCUUGAUUGAUUAUUGAUAGAGACGCAUAAUUUAUAGUAAAUGUUUAUUUGCACAAUGUAAAGAAAGUCAUGAUGACAAAAUAUUUUAUAUGUGAUUUUUAAGUCUUUCCAUUUAUUUAAAUGAGGUACAAGAAUUGUUAAGUACGCUUUUUUAAAGACUUUUAAUCGACACAAACUUAAAAUAGCUGAUAUUGUGAAUUUUUUUAAAAUGCUAUCUACUUUUUUUAGAUUGCAUUUACAAAAAAUGUAGAUAUAAUAUUAAAGACAAAAAAAAAAAAAGAAGAAAAAAGAAAUAAGGGAAAAGAAAACAAAAGAAAUUAAGAAUAUUACCUUGUUAAUCAUGAAUUUUAAAGAGACAAAAUAUAACAUUGUUAUGUAGAAUUAAGUACAACCCCGAAUCAAGGGUCCAUUUCCAAUUAAAUUUGAGAUUUAAAUGUCUGUUUCUAAUUGUUUGUAUUUUCAAUGUGAGCAAAGACGUGCUAUUCUUUGAUACUUUGUGUUUAGUAUUAUAGAUGCAUAACUAUAUAUAAAUAUAUAUAUAGGAUAUUGAUAAUUCUUAUUAUACGUACAAUUUGUAUGUAUAAUUUUUAUUUGAAAAAAAUUGUAACAAUUAAUGUCCUAAUUUAUUUUGAGAAAAAAAUUUGACGAUGUUUCUGCUUAAUGUGUAUAAAGAAUACUCAGUAAAAAGGUUUUCUCUUCAAAAGUAUGAUUCUAGAGAACAAAAAAGGAAAAUAAAGAAAAGAGAGAGAAAGAGAGAAAACCUUCUGCUAAUAUUUAUUAAAAAAUAACUUGUAAAUUCUCUGCAAGUUAAUGAAAUACUCUAAAUAGCACUCUCGAAUAGCCAAAAGUAGGACCAAUGUAUAAAGCAAACUGUGUACAAGUUUCAUGUGAUUUAAACUACAAAUUUCAGCUCGUUCUGAUCUUGGUUACCUGGAAUAAAUAUAUGCAAGAGAAAAAGAAAGAAAGAUUAAAAAAAAAAAAAAAA